UGUGGCCUUCCGCCACUCGCGCUUGUGCCCGCAGCCUCGCUCUGCCCCUCUGGUGCUGCAUCGCGUUGGUGAGGUCCACUAUCGCUGCUUCACCUGUUUUGCGGUAUUCGAAUCUGGGCUUCGGUCUUACACGUGAUUCCGAAGUGAUUGUGGGGCGAAGAUGGACUCCAAGAGGAGCACUACCCGUAGCCGCCGCGCAUCUCUUCUUCCUGUGUCCCCUAUCAAACAAGCUUUGAUGGCCAGCGUCAUGGCUGCAGCCAAGCCCAAUGGGAAGAAAAGUACGCGCAAGCCGCUGGCAGAUAAGACGAACUCUUCUCGCGUUGCUGGACCGACGCCUGCCAAGUCAGGAAAGAAGGCAGCAGUUGUUCAGGAGAAGAAGGGAGUGUGCACUCCGCGCCGCAAGGUGCAAUCUCCUGAGCAGCCUGCAACGCCAGUGAUGCGUGGUGAGGAUGUGCUUCGUUCUGUGGUGCAUCGCAACCUGGCGAUGAUCCAGACCCCAGCCAAUGGCGAUCCUGACACACCCCAGUUUCGUGUCUCGAGGCUAUCAUUAUGUAGCGACGUUCCGGAGCCAGUGGCAACAGCCGAACUUUCCACAUUGUCUGAGCAGAACGGGCUUUGCGAUGGUAGGCAAGCCGACGCCUUAAGUGAGACCUCGCCGUAUUGCGAAGUGACCUCUAUCUCGGAGUCGCCAUCACCAGGAGUUGAUCAAAACUGUCCCAUGAUAAAGGACGUUGGUGAGGUUGCACCUGACUUGUUGGACCUCUCCCUCAACAACCCUAGGAUACCCCCAACUACUGACUUCAAGUGGCGGCGAAGGGAAUCCGCGAAGGUGCAAGAGGUAGAAGAGAGCUUCAACCACGGCGAGAGCGAAGAUGACCUGUUUGAACAAGAAUUGGAACAAGUGGAGUGCGAUGAGAUCUGCUACGGGAUCAGUCGGAUCAGAGUCGCAGAAGGACUCCCGGAGUUCCAAGGCCGACACACCCGCUUCAACUACAACACCGACGAUGAGGUUGACAUCGAAGUAGUAGAUGGGAUGAGGCUGAGGGGUCUUCCAACACCGAAGGGCAAGCACCUGAGAUUCUCGGCAGACGAGCAAGGCGCGUCGCCAUGAGCGGGUAAUGCUUCUCGCAGGCAUUGUCAGACCGCGGGUCCAGCUCUGUAGAUGUGCAGAUCGGUGGAGCCAGCAUUGCGGACUGAGCCCCGAUGUGUCGGCCUCGGUUCCGUGGCGGCGGGGGACCGACAGUGUGAUCAAUCCCGUCUUUCGCCGCCACGCCCCACCACCGUCGAUUCCCGCUCGUCAUCCCACGGCUCCGAUCGGAUUGAGGUUUUUGUACCCUACCCACUUCGGGAUGAUCUACGAAGGUGAGAUGAAGUGAACCAGAAAUAGAACCGGAGAGUUUAUUCUUUUAGCCAACAAAAUUUGGCAUUAUAUGUGUAUAUAUAUAUAUAUAUAUAUAUACACACGCACAAUUAAUGUCACCGGGGGAAGUCUGUUUCAUGUUGAUUCUUUUCAACGUGUAAACAAUUCGUUCAUUAGCUGAUUGUACUACUGGUUUCUGAUUAAAAUAAAAACCCAAUUUUGUCGAAAAGUAAAGUUGAAUACAUGUGUC